AUGCCCGGAGACUCCGCCCGGCCCCCGCGCAGGCAGCGCCGAGCCCGGGGCUGCUGCAAACGGUGCCUCCCGGCCUGGGGCCCCGCCGCCUGCUCCGAGCCCAGGGCCAUGGAGACCGACGCCGCUUCUGCCGCCGCCGCCUCCCACCCCGGCGCCACCUUCAAAGAGGAGCUGCUCUGCCCCAUCUGCUACGACCCGUUCCGCGAGGCCGUGACCCUGGGCUGCGGGCACAACUUCUGCCGGGCCUGCGUGAGCCGCUCGUGGGAGCACCAGCCCCGCCACGCCUGCCCCGUGUGCAAGGAGCUGGCCCCGCUGGGCGAGCUGCGGGUCAACCACACGCUCAACAACCUGGUGGAGAUGCUGCUGCGGGAGGAGAGCCGGCGGGGCGCCCCGGCCGGUCCCGCCCUGUGCGCCCUGCACCGCGAGGAGGCCAAGCUCUUCUGCCACGACGACAAGGAGCUGGUGUGUGCCCUGUGCCAGAGCGCCAAGCAGCACCAGGGCCACAAGGUGCGGCCGGUGGCGGAGACGGCCAAGGACUACAGGGCCAAGUGGAGGAACAUGGAGAACUCCCUGCGGGACAAGGUGAAGGAUUUUGGGGCAGUCCGGCGGUCGUACGAGUCAAUCUCCAAGCACAACCAGGUGGAGGUGACCAGGCUGGAGGAUCAGAUCAGGAAGGAGUUUGAGAAGCUGCAUGAGUUCCUGCGGGGCGAGGAGAAGGCUGUGCUGUCGGAGCUGCACGAGGAGGCCCGGCACAAGCGGGACCUGAUCGAGGGCAAGAUCAAGAAGCUGUCGGAGGACAGCGGUGCCCUGCUGCACGAGGCCAACCAGCUGCAGGCUGACCUGACUGAGGACGACGUUUCCUUCCUCAGGAAACACAAGAACCGCAAGCGCAGAAUUGCCUGCACAGCAGAGGAGCCGGAAGCCAUCCCGCCGGGAAUGCUGGUUGAUGUCCCCAAGUUCCUGGGGUCGCUGCAGUAUGACGUGUGGAAGAAGAUGCUGGACAUCAUUACAGUAGUUCCCUUCAGCUUUGACCCCAACUCUGCCGCGGGCUGGCUCUCCGUCUCCAGCAACCUCACCAGCAUCACCAAUGGCAGCUACAAGCUACUGGUGGACAACCCAGAGCGCUUCUCCUCGGCCCCCUGCGUCCUGGGCUCCCGGGGCUUCUCCAAGGGCUCCCACGCGUGGGAGGUGGACCUGGGCGGGCUCACGAACUGGCGCGUGGGCGUGGCCAAGGAGCGCGGCGGCCGCCGGUGGAACUUCCACCACGACGCCCGCUCGGGCUUCUGGUACAUCUACCGCCUGCAGGGCACAGACAGUGAGACGUGCCGGGCCUCCAACUCGGCCAGGUCGGAGACGGUGCUCCGGGACCUCAAGCGGAUCCGGGUGGAACUGGACUGCGACGAGGGUGAGCUCUCCUUCUACGACGCCGACCAGAAUAGCCACAUCUACACCUUCCAUGAGCAGUUCAGUGGCGAGGUUUUCCCCUAUUUCUACGUGGGUAACCCGAAGCCUGAUACGCCGCCCGGGUCCCUCAGGAUCUGCCCUCUGCGCGUCCUGAUCAAGGAGGACCUUCCACUUUAG